AUGGGGAGUAGUAAAGUGAGUCCAUGCACAGGGUGUGAAUAUUGUUGUCAAUAUUGGAGUUUGUGGCCUUUUGUGGCUGAUCAAGAGACCUCAAAAAUCCCAAAGGAUGUCCCAAAGGGUCACUUGGUGGUCUAUGUAGGCAAGGACUACAAGAGGUUUGUCAUCAAAAUCACCUUGCUCAAUCACCCUCUCUUCAAGGCAUUGCUUGACCAAGCUCGCGAUGAGUUUGACUUCACCACUGCUGACUCCAAACUCUGCAUCCCCUGCGACGAGAGCCUUUUCCUCGACGUCGUUCGGUGUGCCGCCUCCCCCGGCCAUCACCGAUCGAGGAUUUCGACGCUCUGUCUCUGUUGA